AGGUCUACUCUAAUUGGAUUGUGUGAAUGUCAAUCAUAUCAUAUUUGACACCAACAAUGUUAUUUUCCUGAACUACCGCAUGAUAAUAUGCAGGGGAGUCUAACGUAGAAUAGAGUUGAAAGUAUGGAAGUAUGAAAACACAGAUAUAUAUUUUUUUUACAACUACAGUGGUAUUUUAUACUAGAUUUGAGUAGGUGAACUGUGAAAGACAGAGGCUGGGACGGAUUUAAAAAAAAGGUGCUUCACAAACAAAGCGGGGCUCAUUUGGCUUUUUAAUCUUAAACAGUAAACAUGAAAAUUGCACGGUAUUUAAUGAGAAAUACUGCUUUGGUAAACAUACCCAAACAAAUCGAGAGAUUCUCCAAGUAUUCUCCUUCUCCUUUGUCAAUGAAGCAGUUCCUUGAUUUUGGUUCGGCCAAUGCUUGCGAGAAGACUUCUUUCGUGUUUUUAAGGCAAGAACUUCCUGUCAGGUUGGCCAAUAUCAUGAAAGAGGUUGAUUUUCUUCCGGACAAGAUGCUGUGCACCCCUUCGCUACAGCUGCUGCAGAGCUGGUAUGCCCAGAGUCUUAUGGAAAUAGUGGAGUUCCAGGAGAAGAAUCCCGAUGAUGGAAAAGUUUUAUCUAAUUUUACAGAGGCUCUGGUGAACAUCAGAAACAGGCACAACAAUGUGAUCCCUACCAUGGCUCAGGGGGUUAUCGAGUAUAAAGAGUCCUUUGGCGUGGACCUAGUCACAAAUCAGAAUGUCCAGUACUUCCUUGACCGUUUCUACAUGAGCCGCAUUUCUAUCCGCAUGCUCAUAAACCAGCAUACUCUUAUCUUUGAAGGAAGCAGAAAUCCUGCCCACCCUAAGCAUAUAGGAAGCAUUGACCCUAACUGUGAUGUAGUGGAAGUUGUUAAAGAUGCAUGUGAAAGCUCAAAGAUGCUGUGUGAUCAGUAUUACUUGGCAUCCCCUGAGGUGAUAAUCAAACAGGUGAAUGCAAAGGCAGUGGGUCAGCCUCUCCACAUUGUAUAUGUCCCGUCCCAUCUGUACCAUAUGUUGUUUGAGCUCUUCAAGAAUGCAAUGAGAGCCACUGUUGAGACUCAUGAGUCCAGCCCUUCCCUUCCUCCUAUAGAAGUGAUGGUUUCAUUGGGAGAUGAAGACCUGACAAUAAAGAUGUUAGAUAGAGGUGGAGGCGUUCCUUUGAGGAAGAUCGACCGACUUUUCAGUUACAUGUAUUCUACAGCUCCAAGGCCUGUCAUGGACAACUCUUCUAAUGCACCAUUGGCUGGCUUUGGCUAUGGUCUACCCAUCUCUCGCCUUUAUGCCAAAUACUUUCAGGGAGAUUUGCAGCUGUAUUCCAUGGAAGGAUAUGGUACAUCUGCUGUUAUAUAUUUAAAGGCUUUGUCAACAGAAUCUGUGGAAAGACUUCCCGUGUUCAACAAAUCAGCCUGGAGGCAUUACCAGACAAGUAUAGAGGCAGACGACUGGUGCAUUCCCAGCAAGGAGCCGAAGAAACUGGGGAAAUACGAUGUCAACGUAUGAGAGAUACAGCAUUUUACACAAAGCAAAGAGUUAUUUUGGACAUUUGCCAGACUUAGUACUCCUAUCUGGUCACCAAACACAAACCCAGGAGCUCAAUUGCGGCUCAACAGAUACACACAUGGAGAGAACAUCAUUAACAUAGUGUUUUAGAAUGUAACUCUUCAUUCUGUUUAUUGAACAGAGUGAUUACUCAUCAUUUAGAAGAAAUAUAAAAUACCGUUUUCUGUCAGAAGCAUGUUAAUCUUUUUGUGAAUGCAUGAAUGGUACUGUUUAGACUCGAUAUACUCUUCUGGGCAUAAGCUAUAACGCCUUUUGUUGCUUGUUUUGUUUUUCCUUUCCACAGAGUGGCAAAUUGACUUCUGUAGAUACCCUGUGUGUGUGUGUGUGUGUGUGUGUGUGUGUGUGUGUGUGUGUGUGCGCGCACGCUCAUUGAGCUCCAACAACCCCUACUGGUCAGUCACUAAAAAGACUCCAGGAAGAGACUUCCCAGACUAGGCUGGUGUUUCCAGGGUUCUGUUGCUUGUAGCAUCCGAGCUCAGGUUCAGUUGGUGAAUGGCUUUACUGCAGGGCCAAGGAACACCAUUUGUGUUACAGCAGGUUACAUUUUUGAAUUUGGGUGGAAAGGUUAAACUAAAAAUAAAAUAAAUAAAAAGCUGAAAAAAUCUGGUAAACUUUUUAAAAUAUGAUUUUCCAGUAUGUAUGCCAUAAAACAUUCAUAUUUAGUGUGGUUUACUUUUUUCAUAAUUGCCACAAAACUGACGUUUGUAACUUUUAUUUUUAUAACACAAUUUCACUGUUUUUGACUGUCAAUCAAUGUAGCUAGAUAGUAUAUAAAACUGUUGGUUUGUUAAAAUGUUACUGUUCAUAUCAUUAAAAAUUGAAUAUUUUACUUGGGUAUAUUAUAUCUAUCUGUAGUUCUAGUAUAUGACUGUUAUUUACUGUUAUUACUCUUCAGACUGUAACAUACCCCCCCCCCCACUUCAGAAUAAAUCAAUGAUGGUGAAUCUUAAAUCUUAAAUAUUAAACUCUAUUUUCAGAGUGUAUAAGAUAUACCAAGCACUGUCAAACUAAGUUCGUUUGAUGAAAUAAGCUGUUUGCACCUAACCAAAAAAGCCUUAUUUUGUAUGCCAAAUACUGUAGAAAGCUCUGAUGGCAUUACAGAAUGCCUUUUUAAAGUAAGCAAAGAUGUAAGUAUCAAUUAUUUCAAGAAAGAUUGUAUUAUUAUUAUUUGCUGUAUUUUCAAGGUUAAUAAAAUGGUUGUUGCAUUAUCAAA